AUGUUCCUCGUUGUCUAUAUCAUAAAUGUAACAUGGUCUGACUUGACUUCCCAGAUCAUCUACAGGAGAUACAGCAAGUUCUUUGACCUACAGAUGCAGCUUCUGGACAAGUUCCCUAUUGAAGGCGGCCAGAAAGACCCCAAGCAAAGAAUCAUCCCUUUCCUACCAGGUAAGAUCCUGUUCCGGAGGAGCCACGUUCGGGAUGUGGCUGUGAAGAGGCUGAAGCCCAUUGACGAGUACUGCCGGGCACUGGUUAGGCUUCCUCCUCACAUUUCACAGUGCGAUGAAGUCUUCAGGUUCUUCGAGGCUCGCCCGGAAGACCUUAACCCUCCGAAAGAGGACUAUGGGUCUUCGAAGAGGAAAUCAGUUUGGAUGUCCAGUUUGUCUGAGACUCCAAAAAAGAAAGUCACAGGUGCUGAUGCUAGCUCUGAACCCAUGAUCCUGGAGCAAUAUGUGGUGGUGUCCAACUAUGAGAAGCAGGAGAACUCUGAAAUUAGCCUCCAGGCUGGAGAGGUCGUGGAUGUCAUAGAGAAAAAUGAAAGCG